AUGGCUGACGACCCCGAUUACAACGCUGAGGAGGCCGCUGAGAUCAAGAAGAAGAGAACCUUCCGCAAGUUUUCUUACCGAGGAAUCGACCUUGAUGCUCUCCUAGAUCUCGACUCCGAGCAGCUCCGUGAUGUCGUCCACGCCCGUGCCCGUCGCCGAAUCAACCGUGGCUUGAAGCGCAAGCCCAUGGGUCUCAUCAAGAAGCUUCGCAAGGCCAAGCAAGAGGCCAAGCCCAAUGAGAAGCCCGACGCCGUCAAUACACACUUGCGUAACAUGAUUGUCGUCCCCGAGAUGAUUGGCAGUGUUGUUGGUAUCUACUCUGGAAAGGUAUUCAACCAGGUCGAAAUCCGACCUGAGAUGGUUGGCCACUACUUGGCUGAGUUCUCCAUCUCUUACCAGCCCGUUAAGCAUGGUAGACCCGGUAUUGGUGCCACUCACUCGUCUCGUUUCAUCCCUCUCAAGUAA